AUGGACGUAGUAUACGCUCUGAAACGACAAGGACGUACUCUGUACGGUUUUGGGGGUUAGAAUACACUGUAAUCCCUGAUCAACACUUAAACCAACGGCUCUUUUAGGAGCCAACAAAUGUAUGAAAAGCUCUGACCAAUACGUGAUAAGAGAAUUUGUUUUCAUUACGAUCAUUGCUGAAGGUUUAUAUACAUAUCAACAAGUCAACAUACACCUGAAAUCGAUUCAGCGCUUUAUUUACUGGGUGCGUCCACGCCAGUUUUUCUUUUUAGUGACUUUACAGCAGCGCAGUCGUUACUUAUACAGGGAAAUUAUUUUUUUCCCGUCUAGAUUAGCCUCAUAGCUCUUUGCGGGGCAUACAAUACUGUAAAGCUUUUGUCUUUAAUUAGUUAGUGAAUAAACUGUUGUUGUACGUUGUUGUUGUGGCAGAAUUAAGAGAGCAAGCUGGUUUGUGUCGUUACCGACGACGGUUUAUAACUGUGUUAGUUUAUUUUACGUAAACAGCUUGUGUACCGAAGGAAAUCACGACGAUCUCUUGUAAUUUUUAGGCAAAGAAAACAACAUUUCAAGCUCAGUAGUAGCAGCAAUGUUUGUUCCCGGUUGGUAGGAAUGCGAUUAAUUGUGUACUCGUUUAAAAAGAGCAGAAAGUUGUUCGAUUGUCGCUUGGUAUGUACCUCGAAGUUCGUAUAAAAACCUGUUGGAAACAGCGCGAAUGAAACCUGCAUAGAAAGCAAACGCAAUUUCAACUUUCAUGAUAUAAUCACAUCAGUCUUUAAAUUCAUGUUACACCGAGCUAAACUGACCUAAGACUGGUUUCAGUUUUCAAGCAAUGCUGUGGUUGCUGUUGUUUGUUUCUUACAUGCGAUAGCCGAAAUAGCGCUAAAUAUGCUUUGGUAUACGCAUUUAUGAACAAAACUAGCAACAUGGAACCAUGCAAAAACAAAUAGAAAUAGCGAGUUUCCGCGAGACAUAAUUAUUUGUGGCUAAGUAUCGAUCGAGUUAUUAACCCCAAACUUAGACGGCGAAUACUAUUUGGGGGGUAGAUUACAAAUUUAUAUCGUGAUUGGUCAUGACUUUAUUCUAGACUUGGUGGCUCCUAAAAGAGCCGUUUGUAUUUAUGGUUGUUGCCGUCGCUUAGUGUUGUUUCUUCUCUGUCUUUUUAGGUAGUAAUACUGCCUGAAUGUUGGGAAGAACACCGCCUUGAGCGAUGGUGACACCGGCAAGGAGUUUGUUUAAUUCUUCGUCAUUUCGCACAGCCAACUGGAGGUGACGAGGAAUGAUUCUUGACUUCUUGUUGUCGCGUGCUGCGUUUCCUGCUAACUCGAGGAUCUCAGCACUCAGAUACUCAAUACGGCAGCCAAGUACACGGGAGCACCGGCUCCGACGCGUUCAGCGUAGUUGCCUUUACGAAGAAGGCGAUGGAUGCGACCAACAGGAAACUGUAGACCUGCCCUGGAAGAACGAGUCUUUGACUUGGUGCCCUGGGCUUUACCUUUUCCUCGUCCGGUCAUUUUGUCGAGUAACUCGUAUCUUAAGUUUCAGUUUAAGUUUCAGGAGACUGUUUUCCAAGACAUGACUUCGGCCGCCAUAAUUUAUCACGCGCGGACUGCGUUUCGUGGAUCAGAUUGCACCAAUCAAAAGUCUUACAUUGGCUCAUAAAAGAAAUUCUAGCCUUGCAAUUGUUCUCUUUGUGUCGAUUGGCGGCACGCUCCAUUGUUUACACCGAGAAAAAAAAGACACCAAUCACCGACGAGAACUUGCGAUCCGCAUAUUAAUUGAUCCUAUUGAAUUUGGCAACAUAAAUAGAAACUGUGAUAUCCCGAAUUACCAAACUCUAUUUCGAAAAGGCAGAGAUAUCUUUCUUUACCAUGGCACCUAAACCGAUUGCAGCUAAAAAGGGGGAGAGAAGAAGAGCGGCGGUAAGGCAAAAUCCACGUCGGGCGACAGUACGAAAAAACGGCGAUCGAAACGGAAGGAGAGUUAUGCGAUCUACAUCUACAAAGUGUUGAAGCAGGUACAUCCUGACACCGGAAUCUCCAGCAAAGCAAUGGGUAUCAUGAACUCUUUCGUGAACGAUAUCUUUGAGCGCAUUGCUACAGAAUCCUCCCGUCUAGCCCACUACAACAAGAAGUCCACUAUCAGCUCCCGCGAGAUUCAGACAGCCAUCAGACUGCUCCUUCCAGGAGAACUCGCAAAGCACGCAGUCAGUGAGGGUACCAAGGCCGUCACGAAGUACACUAGUAGCAAGUGA